AUGUUUACAGACAUUGGCAAUAUGCUCGGCGGUGGCAAGCUGACUCCUCAAGACGAGUUGGUGCACGGAGAACCACUCGGCCCCAUAAAUGACAGCGAUGAAGUCCUAACAUUGGCCAUUCAAGAACGGGCCAUCAGUUUCACAGGCGAAGAUUUCGAUGUCUAUGAUCUCAGAGCGGAUCAACCCUUUUGCCACGUCAAGGGGGCUAUGCUGCACUUGCCAGGAAAAGACAAGAUGAGAGUUUUCAUGGAAAAUGGUGACAAAGUUGCUGUGUUGGAUCGCAAGCUGAUUGCCAUGACUCCUACUUAUGAUAUCCACCGAGGAAAUGGAGAAAAAAUGGGAUGGAUCGAGAAAGAGGUCGUCGCACUAACUGACACUUUUGAUGUCUACACUGAGCCAGCUGGAGGAUUUGGAAUGUUCAAGCCCCCUCCUGCCUACCGCAUCGAAGGCGAUUUCGUCGAUCGCCAAUUUGUCAUGAAGAAUUCCAAGGGAGAAGCAGUCGCAAAAGUUACCAAGGACAGUUGGAUACAGUUCGAUGCCUUCAAUCAUUAUCAGCUGCAGAUUGCUCCAGGCAUGGACACAACUCUUGUGGUUGCCUGUGCCUGUGCCAUCGAUGAAGAAUUUGACGAAGAACACAAGAAAAAGAAGGAAGAGUAG